GACCGGGGGCGCCCUGUCCGCUGCGUCCGCUCCGGCCCUGAGCGGCGGGGCAGGGCCUGCCGGGCGGAGCCGCGGGCCUGUCCGCGCUGGGCCGAGGGGACAGCGCUGACCUCCGGGCGGCGGGGAGGUUCUGAGCGACGUUUUCUGAGGGGAAAGUCUCGUAUUUCGAGAACAACCCGCACCUAAUCAGAUUAGAUCCCUCCCCGAGCUUCGUGAGCCGCUGUCGUUCCACAAUGGCAGACACUGCCGUCUCUCCGCUGAAGCACUUUGUGCUGGCCAAGAAGACAAUCACUGCCAUCUUCGACCAGCUGCUGGACUAUGUCACCGAAGGAGCCACGUUUGUGGAAGCAACAUACAGGAAUCCAGAGCUUGAACAUGUAGCAACAGAAGAUGAAUUAGCAAAAAUACAGACUUAUAAAAAAAAGUUAGCAGUCAUCGGUGAGGUGCUGUCACGGAGACACAUGAAAGUGGCAUUUUUUGGCAGAACAAGCAGCGGGAAGAGUUCGGUAAUUAAUGCAAUGCUGUGGGAUAAGGUGCUUCCUAGUGGGAUUGGCCAUACAACCAACUGCUUUCUCAGUGUGGAAGGGACAGAUGGAGAUAAAGCUUAUCUUAUGACAGAAGGAUCAGAUGAAAAGAAGAGUGUCAAGACAGUCAAUCAGCUUGCUCAUGCGCUUCACAUGGAUAAAGAUUUGAAAGCUGGCUGUCUCGUCCAUGUCUUUUGGCCCAAGUCAAAGUGUGCCCUGUUGAGAGAUGAUUUGGUUUUAGUGGACAGCCCUGGCACAGAUGUCACUACAGAACUGGACAGCUGGAUUGACAAAUUCUGCUUAGAUGCUGAUGUGUUUGUCUUGGUUGCCAAUUCUGAAUCAACUCUCAUGAACACGGAGAAGCAUUUUUUCCAUAAAGUGAAUGAACGACUUUCCAAGCCGAACAUCUUCAUCUUGAAUAAUAGAUGGGAUGCUUCCGCAUCAGAACCAGAAUAUAUGGAAGAUGUACGCAGGCAGCACAUGGAGCGCUGUCUGACAUUUCUAGUUGAUGAGCUCAAAGUUAUUGAUGCUGUAGAAGCGAGGAAUCGCAUCUUUUUUGUUUCAGCAAAAGAAGUUCUGAGUGCCAGGAGACAGAAGGCCCAAGGAAUGCCGGAGGGUGGUGGAGCCCUUGCUGAAGGAUUUCAAACAAGAUUCCAAGAAUUUCAGCAUUUUGAGCAGAUAUUUGAGGAGUGUAUCUCGCAGUCAGCCGUGAAAACCAAGUUUGAACAGCACACUAUCAGAGCUAAACAGAUAAUAGAUACUGUGAAAAACAUUAUGGACGCCAUAAACGUAGCAGCAGCGGAGAAAAGGGUCCAUUCCAUGGAAGAGCGAGAAGAUCAGAAGGACAGAUUGGACUUUGUUCGAAAUCAACUCAACGUUUUGACAGAAGAUACUAAGGAAAAAAUCAAACGUGUUACUGAGGAAGUAGAAAGUAAAGUCUCCUCUGCCAUGACUGAUGAGAUUUGCCGACUUUCUGUUUUAGUUGAUGAAUUUUACUCAGAUUUUCACCCUUCUCCUCAAGUAUUGAAGCUCUAUAAGACAGAGCUGAACAAACAUAUAGAAAACGGUUUGGGAAAGAACCUGGCUGAUCGUUGCUCCAGUGAAGUCAAUCAGGCGAUGCAUCAGUCCCAGCAGGAGAUGAUCGAAAAUCUGAAACCGUUGUUGCCUUCUGGUGUUCAGAAUCAGCUCCACUUGCUGAUUCCAUGCAGGAGGUUUGACCUCAGCUACGAUCUAAACUGUCAUAGUCUGUGUGCGGAUUUUCAAGAGGAUAUCAUGUUCCAUUUUUCCUUGGGAUGGUCUUCGCUUGUCAACCGCUUCUUGGGUCCUAAACAAGCUCAGAGAGUGCUAUUGGGACUAGCAGAUCCAAACUUACAAAUCCCUCGUCCUUUAGCUACCACCCCGUCUGCCGCCAGCCUUCCUGCCGCAACGCCGGAGAGCGUCUCGCACGACGAGUUCAUGGUUCCUUUGGUUAUGAGUUUAGCUUCGCUGACGUCGCGGACCUCUAUGAGCAUCAUCGUUGUUGGCGGAGUGAUUUGGAGAACAAUAGGCUGGAAGCUCAUCUCUCUUUCCUUAAGUAUGUACGGGUUGUUGUAUCUGUAUGAGAGAUUGACUUGGACCACUAAAGCAAAAGAGAGAGCCUUCAAACAGCAGUUUGUCAACUACGCUACUGAAAAGCUGCAGAUGAUCGUCAGUCUGACCAGCGCUAAUUGCAGCCAUCAGGUGCAACAGGAAAUGGCCACUACCUUUGCUCGGCUCUGUCAGCAGGUGGAUAUUACCCAGAAAAACCUGGAAAACGAAAUCGCUAGGCUUUCCAAAGAAAUAGAUCAGCUGGAGAACAUACAGAGCAACUCGAGGCAGCUGAGAAAUAAAGCCAUUCACCUUGAGAAUGAACUAGAUCGCUUUACAAAACAUUUUCUUCAAAAGGGUAAAUAAAGUAUAAUUGUUAACUUUCCCGGUGAUCCUUUGUAGGACAAAGUAGAAAUUUUACAAAUGACACUUCUCUGUGGAGUCACAUGAAAUGAUUUAUAUGCUAAAUGUUACUUUGACUACACUUUUUAAUUAUUGUAAAACUUGGUUGGGACUGGGAUGGUGAACUAAGAGCUGUGGUACUCUAUUUGUUUUGCAGAUUUUGAGUUAAAAAUGAUCUUUAAACAACACUAAAUUUUUUUGGGCACUUGACAAUAAAAACCCCAAUCCUUACUGGUUUCCAGUGGUGUUCAGCAGGGGCAGGUCUCGCUUCCUGGCAUCCAGGAGCUCAUGCAGGGAGAGCGAGCUCAGCCCAGUUACUACUGUCUGCUGCUUUCGGUUGCUUGGAAUUAGCCAGGGAGGGAGGACGCUGCUGCUUUGUGUGCGUGUUUUUGAGUAAUGAAGGGAAGUACAAACUCUAGCAAGGGGAAAGGACUCUCGACUGUUUUGAAAGCAAGUGAAAUUGUUUUGGGCAGCAGUUCCUCAAAUGGAAGUGAAAGAGGAUGGCAAACAGCAGAGCCCUGACUGGAGAAAUGCUGUAGGCUCUGGUUUCCCCCCGGCUGCCGCAUUUAGCCAAGAUGGCACCGAUUGUGUAAAAAUAAACCUAUUUCAACAAGCUUGUCAGGCUUCUCACAGCUGAAGUGGUGAAAUGGUCAUUUGCCCACGAGAGCGCUGUUGGGGCGAGCGGCCCCACGGGGGUUUGCUGGGCAGAGGGUCCGACGGCAGUGCUGCAGGUCGGGGAGCGCGGGGGCCGGGCUGGAGCGGGGGGAGCCGGGGGUUUGACAGGUGACCCGGAGCGGUCCCUCGGUUCUGCUGUCGGCCGGGUCUGUUGUAGCUGAGACCGAGGCAGGUGCUUGGAGUUCACCUUCCCUCCCCUCCAGCAACGCAAAGGCCUCUUUUUGAGAAAAAUACAUAAGUUUUUGCUGUUGCCAUCUGCAGUCAUUCAACACCUACUUUUUUCUAACUAGGCUUUUAAAAUAUAACUUAUUUUAAAAGAGAAAGCCUUCUCAGGAUAUUUCUAUAUUUUUAUGGAAGCGUUAACAUGACUAAAUGAAAUACUCAACUUCAAGAUGUGGGGAUUUGCUAUUUUCCAGUAAACAAGGGCUAUCUUUAAAGGAAAUAGAUGUCAAAGUGUAAUGCUGGAGGCAGUUACUGGUUUGAAGACAAAGAGCGCUGUUUCAGCACGAUGCGUUUGGUGUUUGUGUCUGACUGUGCUAGCACACGUGCGGCUCUCUUGGAACUUUCCUUAGCAGAUGCAUGAGGGGCCACGAGGUUUUUUGAGGGAAACUGUGAAAUACGAAAAUGAGUAUCAGCCCACCCUUCUUGUAUGUGACAUGACAGAUGUGUGUUAAUGCUCUUUUUCUGGAGCAUUUUUAUGGACAUUGUAUAACGAUAAAACUUGAAAUGCAUGUGUUCUACAGUUAUUUAUUAAAAAAAUACUACUCCUUUGCUCUAGUAA